UCCUUCUUUCUUAUUUUGUGUAUCUCGCAUAGAUACAUAUAUUUUUAUUAUUAUUAUUAUUAUUAUUAUUAUCUAGUGGUUCACCCAAUAGUAAAAAUAAUAAUGUCCUGCUCUGUUUUAAGUAUGGUGACUCCCGAUCACCGCUACCCUUUUCGAUUGAUCUAAGCCUCAGGGCUCUGCCCGACUAAGUUGUUGAGAUUUGGUCUCGGGACUUCGGGACAAGGUUGAUUUAGGGGUAUUAUACUUAUCACGAGUGCAUUAUAUUUUUAAUAGCCCAAAGGAUAUACCCAAAAUUUAUACCAGGAGUCCUUCUAGUUAAACCCUAAAGUUACACAGUGGGUCCAUUCCUUUUUCCCACCAUUCUACUCUCUUUUUGUAAGUUACCCAAAACUAUUAUUUAUUAUUUCUAUUUUGUAAACAAACUUUCAUCAAAAGUCAUGCCUAUUAUUUUAUUUACCCAAUAGGGAACCAUAGUUGAGACACCCAAGUAAUCCUGCACAACUCCUAAAAUUUUCAUAGCAAUCAGAAUCAGGAUCAGGGCCCCUAAAACUCAAGGGGGGGGCAAAACCUAGUUGACAAUUAUCUUCAUAACUCAUUAUAAAAUUCGAAAUUUACAAAACCGUCGACACAGCAAGCCUACAUGCACGAAGGGCUACUCUAUGAAAAUAGGGUGGUCACUCGCGUAGCGCGACGCCUAAGGGGGUACCCCCUCGCGCUACGCGACGGUGUCAAAAUUUCAGUAUAAAUAGCAGGGGUUGGGAUUUGAAUUUUGGCACUUGAACGACGAAAAUCGGAGUUACGUAGGUCGAGUUAUAAGCAAAACAGUCCAACACACACACACAAUUAUCGAAUCGCUGCCGCAAAACAGGGUAAUUAGUCAAUUGCUAUUACGAUUCAGUUUCCGGGAUCAAUAUACCCCAAAGAAUGUCUAAGUGCCGCCCACAUUGGGCUAUGCUUUAUCGUUGUCGAUAAUUCGAUAAUGAGCCGAAGCAUUGUACUUUGUCGUUGUCGAUAAUUCGAUAUACGAGUUGAAGUACUAUACUUUAUCGUUUGUCAUUUUGAUAAAUAAGCCGAAGUAUUGCACCUGGACAUUCAUUGUAAAAAUUGAUCUCGGGGAAUUAUCGUAACUGCUGUAUUGAUCAUUAACCUGGUUCUUGUAAAAGUCGUUAAGAGUUGAUUUAGGUUUUUCACCAAUACGUAUUCCAUUCUGAAUAUUCCCAACUACACCCUUACAAUCAAACAAACUAUUAAAUCAUCAGAAGAUCCAGAAUAAUAAAGUACAUGCCUAAUUAUCAGAAGAAGUAGAAUCAGGAAGUUUGUUAACUUAAUCCUGCAUGCUGAUUUGUAAUUACAAUAGAUUGGAGUAAGGAUUGGAUCCGACACUGAAGGACUUCAAGAAGUGGCUUAUUUUCAAAUUAAGAAAUAUUGUUUUUAUUAAAAGCUACCUUUGUAAAACAUGGAAUUUAUUCCAUCUUUUUAAAUAAAAUCCGGUGUUUCUAAACUCUGAUAUUUUUCCUAACUCACGGUCCUGAUGAAAUUCCGCUGCAAUGUUUUUCAAAAUAAUCACCGGUACCACUGGACUGUUCACGGCACCGAUUCCGGCCAGAUGGGGUCGGGGGUCGUGACAAGUCUCCCUGGGAUUCUCUUCCUAGGAGGAUGUCGUGUCUUGAGUGUGCAGGUAACACCAUGAACGUGACUUCUUCUGUUCUUGAAUUUCGUCCGUCCAAAAGUAACACCGGGAAUGAUAUCUGUCCCAGGGGAAAGACGGCCUCGUUGCAGAAACCAGUUAAUGGGUAGUCAACUGGCUCCAAGCGCGCCUUGUCCUCCUGGUCAAAUUGAUUGAAGCAUUGUUCAUAUAUGAUAUCCGCGGUGCUCCCCGGAUCGAUGAAGAUGUAGUCUGUCUGGUAGUGACCAAUCAUUCCUGGAAUAACUAUUGGUCGUUUUUCCCUCGGGCCUCCUCGAACAACUGGGAAGAUAACUUGCUUCUCGCGCCAUGAAUCAUCUUGUGUGCGUUUGUUGUAAUUUUUCUUUGGUCUUCGUGGACCUCCUUGCACCAUGUGGGUUUCCAACUUCCUGAGUUUUUUGUUAUCUGGCCCUUCGUCUCUUCUUUGGAUUUGGCGGUAGUUGCGCUUUCCGCCCUUGACCAGGUGAGUGAGCUUUCCAUCUCUCAGGGCUCUUUCAAUUUCUUGCUUCAGGCUAAAACAGUCAUCGGUUAGGUGACCUAUGUCCUUAUGGAAUUCACAGUAGAGAUUGGGAUCUUGACCUCUUUUGUUGCGCAUCUGCAGGGGUGGUUUAAAUUGGUGAUUUUCAGUGGCCAAGACCUCCGAAGGGGUCUUUGUUAAUGGCGUCCACUGCUUCUCUCUGUUUUCCCGCUUUACUUCUUUUCGGUGGACUAUCUGAUUGAUUGUGUGUCGCGCAUCUUCUCUUGGUGGGCUUCUUUCUCUGUGACUGGAAGGUCUCCAUGACUGGCCUCUGCCUUUUCUGCCAUGUCGGUCAUUAGAGUUAUGUGCGCGUUGACGGUGGUCGUCACCGAUCAACUGUUUGUCUGUCUGUGCUAUUGUUUUGGCGGCCUCAAUGAAGGUUUCCCAAUCUUUGGGUCCUCCGUCUCUUCCUUUCACGCGUAUGAUUAGAUCAUCACACUUGACUGUCCUCAUGAAGUGCGCGCGCAUCAUUUUUUCCCCUACAUCUCCAAUCUCCAAACAUUCCUUGUUAUAUCUUGUGAUAAAAUCUUCCACGCUUUCAUGGUCUCGGCGCCAUAUGUUUAGACAAUCUGCUGGGUCCCUGGCGUGCCUCCGCUGUUGAGAGAAGUGUGCCAGGAACUUCUCUCUGAAGUCGACCCAUGAUUUAAUUUUUCCUGCUGGUAAGUUGUCGAACCAGACGCGCGCUGCGCCCACGAACGUUUGUGCGAACAGGUGACACCAGGUAGGUAGAUUCCACCCACCUGUUGCUCCUGCGCCUUUGAAAACCUGGAGAUGAUCAUCUGGAUCUGUCAGGCCAUUGUAUUUGCCAACGUUGUGCGGCAGCUUGGUUUUGUCUAUAGCGGCUGUGGCAAUCUCCCUGAUGAAUUUUGAAUCUUCAGCCAUGUCGUCUGGACGAUAGCUUAAGGUAUAAUCAUGCUCUGCCUUUGGGUUGUAUCCUGCGCGCUUUGCGGGCUUGUAUGACGCGUGUUCUGGGUGUAACCCGCUGAACACUGUGCUUUCCUUGUACGUUGGGUCUUCCUCUUCAUCUUCCCACUCAUUGUUCAUGUUGCGCGCGCCCAGGCGGCUUUGAAUCGGCUUACGUUGUAAGUUGGAGUGCUGCACAUAGUUGCUUUCUGUUUCACCAUAAGUGUCGCGCGUGUCGUGCGCACUAGGCUUUCUGAUGUUUGUUGCAGGUCCUUUUUCUGGUCGUAAAGUCCACGCGUUGACCUGCUGAGUCGUGUGUGUGCUCAGAGACCGUUGCGGUGGAGUAACGAACGCCGAUUGGUUAGCCUGUGCUUGGAGCAGGGCUUGUUGCGCGCUCAAUUGUGUGUAAACCAGGUUUAUGGAUGCCACUUGCGGUGGAGUAACGAACGCCAAGAACUACAUUAUUUGACAUUUCCAAUGGUAAAAAACUUAUUAAAUUCUUAAUUGAUAUAAUUUUAUAAAUUUUUAAACAACCGAUUUUCAUCCAUGGACAAUUUUAUGUGGUGCUAUAAGAGUAAAAGGUAGAGAUAAAGUCAAAUUAAUAAUAUUAGAUGCAGAUGAUAAUAAUAUAAAUGAAAAAUGUAUAAAAAAAAUACUUUGAGAUUUAUAACUUACUUUUUAGUUUGGGAAUUGAGAUUGUAAUUUAGCGUUGUCUUUAUUUAAUGUAACACGUAAUUUUAUUUAUAGAUUUGUAAAUUAUAUCAUUUAUAUUUUAACAUUUAUAGUAUAUUGAUACCUAACCUAGUUUAAAUUUAAAUUAUAUAUGAAAAUUAAAGUGAUAAUUAUAAUAUUUGAUACAAGAAUAAUAAUUAUCCAUACGAAAUACCCUUUUCGUCUCGCCAGCCUCGAUAACUGCCCCUGUCGUUCCUCUUUUCAUGACAAAACAAACACUUUUCCUUUACCACAUAUUCUAUAUCUAUAUGUUGUAUCUAUAUGUCUUACUCAUCUCCCCUUUUGCUCUGUCUCUUUCAACAAACUAGUCUGCCUGUGUGGGAAUAUCCUAACCACAUUUUUAACUCUAGUUUACUGGAAUUAGGGUUCUUGAAAAUGAAUCUUUCAUACCCAUUCUCAUUUCAUUCCAUUUUAUGAUCUGGGUUCAUCGAUGCCCACCCGGUUUCAUACAUCCGACCCGAUUCCUGAUCUGGGUCUUGGAUCUUUUGUGUUUUUAACACUUUUAAGAACAUACCCAGUUGGGGAUUGUGGGAAAGUUUGAAGCUUGAUGGGGUUACAAUAAUGUUGUUGUAGUUGAAACUUAGGGUUUUGGGGGAAAAUGGGGGUGGGUCAAGAAACUGUUAAAGCUAGGGUUUUGAAUGUGGAUAAAGUGAAGGAAAGCAAGAAGAAAGAUGAGGAUAGUGAUGGUGAAGAAACAGGGUGUUGGAUUAAGUUUAGAUUGUUUGGAAGGUGUGUAUCUUCAAGGGAUAAAGUUGAGAGCUCUGUUAGUGGCAGCAGCACUGAAUAUGCUGAAAGUAAAUCAACAAACGAUACUAGUACAGACCAACCAGUCGCUCCAGUUGCUUCAUCUUCAACUACUAGCAACAGGGAAAGCACUACAUCUACUCCAAACAUAACCCAAGAACUCAAAAUCGCUUCUCAGCUGAGAAAAUUUAACUUCGUUGAACUCAAAUCAGCAACAAGAAAUUUCAGACCCGAGAGUCUACUUGGUGAGGGUGGCUUUGGUUGCGUUUUCAAAGGAUGGAUCAACGAGAACGGGACCGCACCUGUGAAGGCGGGCACCGGUCUAACCGUUGCUGUCAAGACUCUGAACCAUGAUGGACUCCAGGGUCACAAAGAAUGGCUUGCGGAAGUUAACUUUCUCGGUGACCUUUUACAUCCAAAUUUGGUUAAAUUGGUCGGCUAUUGCAUUGAGGAUGAUCAAAGGCUGCUUGUUUACGAGUUUAUGCCUCGUGGAAGCCUGGAAAAUCAUCUUUUCAGAAGGUCACUACCCCUACCUUGGGCUAUGAGGAUGAAAAUUGCACUUGGUGCUGCAAAGGGUCUUGCUUUCCUCCACGAGGAAGCCGAAAGACCAGUCAUUUAUCGAGAUUUUAAAACGUCAAAUAUAUUACUAGAUGCGGACUACAAUGCAAAACUUUCUGAUUUUGGACUUGCGAAAGACGGACCUGAAGGUGAUAAGACCCAUGUGUCUACUCGAGUGAUGGGCACAUACGGAUAUGCUGCUCCUGAGUAUGUGAUGACCGGACAUUUGACAUCAAAGAGUGACGUCUACAGCUUCGGGGUGGUGUUACUCGAGAUGAUCACUGGUCGGAGAUCAAUGGACAAGAACCGGCCUAACGGUGAGCACAACCUUGUGGAAUGGGCCCGACCAUAUCUCGGGGAAAGGAGAAGGUUCUACAAGCUAAUAGACCCGCGUCUGGAAGGUCGGUUCUCAAUUAGAGGUGCACAAAAAGCGGCUCAAUUGGCUACCCUUUGUCUUAGCCGUGACCCAAAGGCUAGACCGCUCAUGAGUGAGGUUCAUGAAGCCCUGAAGCCCCUCCCGAACCUCAAGGACAUGGCCUGUUCUUCUCCUUACUUUCAGGCAAUGCAGUCGGAGCGGUCCGGAAGCAAUUCAAGUAGUAGAAAUGGGUCCAAAGCGCUGCCAGUGAGGAGUUUAUCGAUUUCCAACUCUCCUUUUCACCAGAAUCAACCUUAUCGGUCUCCAAAACCUGUCGGAUAGCUUCAAUGAUGUCGUGAUUUUUGUAAACCUGUGAAAUUGCUGAUUGAUGAAUUGGUGAUGUUUCGUUUAUGGUAUUGCUGAAACCCCCGUUUUGUUUGCAUCUUCACUGUUCAAAGUGUUUAUAGCUGCAGUUUUCGUUUUUUUU